AUGACAUUGGCUGAUCUUGCGGUGUUAAGGAUACAAAUGGGGCUGUUAAACCAGGUGGUGGACCCAACUUUGGUGUUGGACGGGGAAGCCAUAGAAGGUGUGAGUGCGGUGGCGGAGCUGGCUUUCCGGUGCGUGGCGGCAGAUAAGGACGACCGGCCGGAUGCUAAGGAAGUGGUGGAGGAGUUGAAGCGGAUUAGGGGCCGGACGAGGGUGGUUGGUGGUGGCGCAGGGGCGUUGAGGCCGUCCAACUGUAGCAAUGUUAUUGUUCCUGAUAAUAGUACUACUGGGACAAUGAGUUAA